ACUCAACAACGACCCGCGCAGCGCCCACGCUCCCACCCACGACGUCCUCGUCACCAUUUUAACGUAUAUAAAUAUUUCUGUUCGGUCUGAGCUUCCAGUCCUUACCCGAACGCCCCCACCAUGUCCGUUCGAGCUCCUGCUGGCACCAACCCGCUGCCCACGAAACGGCCUGCGACACGGAGCACGCUUCGACAGUCCCUCAACCUCACCUCUGUAGGCAGGGCGCUUGCGGACGUGAUGCAUAAGUCUGAUGGCAAGGAUGGAGGAGGAGACAAGGAGAAAGGGGCGAAGAAGACAAAGGAUGCGGCCUCGCGGCGCAUGAGCGGGGUCGGGGUGCCCCGCGCACCAUCUUGCUCUGCAACGGAGAAGUCGUUGCUCACGAAGCUGGAUGAGGCGUCUCCGGACUCGAAGGCGAAGACGAUCACCAAGCAUUCGCGCCGGGUAUCUGUAAUGAAGAAAACGAGUGCGACGGAUUCUGAUGAUACGUCGUCAUCACCGUCAGGAUUGGCGCCAAAGUCUACGAUAACGCGGUCUUCGACCCUUCGGCCCAAGGCGACCAACGCUGGUACCGCGUUGCCCAAGUAUAGGCCCAAGUCUAUGCUUGUCAGCGCUGCGGCCACAAAGAAGCCUCCAUCUCCUGCACCGCAGGAUGCGAAGUCAGGUGCAGCCAAAGUGUCCGAGAAAGAGGCAAACGGUGGUCACAAGCGCAGUGCUACACUGGAUAUUCCUCCCUCGGGCGGAAAGCUUGGUCGCUCAGCUAGUCCGAUACGUCGUCGGUCCGUGUUGAAGGUUAACCUUACAAAGGCCAUCAAUGUGCGCCCUCAGUCACCGGAAAAGAAAACAGUCCCUCGCCCGUCGAAGACCGCGAAGACUACGAAGACGGCUACGGGCGUAUCUACGGUACGGCAGACGGAUCCUCAUCUUCCCUCGUCAGCAUCAUCGUCAAUGUCCUCCUUGCCCGGCACCUUCCGGAGCAGGUUGAAGAAUAUGUCAGCCAAAUCGUCCUCGGGCUCAUCCUCGGACCAGGGUAGCCAGAAGGAGAGUGCGCGCCCAAGCCCGCUACGUCAUACUGUCGCGGCACCAGAGACGCCUCCUAGUCGCCGUACAGCACGAGAGAUAGCUCAGGCGAUCGCCGAGUCGGAGUCCACCCCCACUGCCCUGGACGUUACCGCUGCCGCUUCUGCUGCGGACGUUACGGAAGGCACGAGCACCGAUAGCAUUGACGAUGUGGAGUUCAUGCUAUCCACUAUUGCUUCGCCUUCGGGGCCGACUCCAAUACUUCCUAGGCUCCGUCUACCGAGUAUCAGAGAGGGCGGCGAUCCGCAUACGCCUUCUCGCCCAUUCCUGCCCUCUCGCGCUAACCUCUCGUAUCUCACUCCUGAUCAACGUUCAACAAACGGCUCACCUUUCCUACGCCCCUUGCAUAUCCAGCAGGGAGUGGAUCGCGGUUCGAUCCUAUCAUGGGAGCAGCUGGCGAAGCACAGCAAGGCCCUGCAAGAUGAGGACAUAGAUCAUAUGCUCUCCGAGAUUCCUGCUCCUUUCCGUUUAGGCGCGAUCUCCCCGAGCGUCAGCUUUAGCACUGACGCGAUGCCUGAGAGCCCAAGUAUCAGCUCGCUGCCUUCGCCCAGCGCGUAUGGAUCGAUAUCGCAGGUGCUGCUCCCAGAUGUCACGCCAUCGCCUGCCGUUCGCAUCAGCGAGUUGCACUUCGAUAAUGCCGCCGCCGGCCCAUCGCUCGAGGAUGCUGCAGCCAUUACGCGUCUACGCCUACAGCUCGCCUCGGUCGAGACGAAGGCGCAGGAUCGGCUUGCAGAAAUCGAGUCGCUUGAGAGUCAGCUGCAAACGGCGAAGGCAGCGCGCCUACGUGACGUGGAGGAGCUCGCGAAGCAGAUCUCACAGCUCGAGGAGCAGGUGCACGGUAACCUCAACGUAGACAGCGAGCGCAUGGAGUAUAUCAAGUCGUUGGAGGAGCAGCUACGGCAGGCACAGACUGCGCGCGAGCAGGCCGUACAGGAGGCGCUCCAACGCAUGCAGGAGCGCGUCGAGGUGGCGCAUGGUGCGACGCUGGCUAAGCAGCAGGGACGGUGGAAGCUGGCACUCUGUGCGCGCGAUGCCGUCGGUGCGUGGAACUCUGUACGGGACCUGGCUGAGUGCGAGCUCGAGCGCGUACGCGCGGACAGGGAGAUGCUCUCGGUGCUCUUGACUGGGCUUUACGUGGUCCACCCUGUUUGCUCAGUCGCAUGAACAGAGUAUGCACGCCUCGUUGUCGACACUCAUCAAGCAUAUUGCACUAUUUGUAUUUGUAAUUUAUAACGCCCCCUGCAGAAGUGCCUUGGAUCAUGAAUAUUCUACGCCACCUCCGAUGUAGUCAUGGGGCCUCAUGCUAUAAGGUAUCUGCAGCAUCGGACGACAUAUGU